AUGGAAGUCGACGCCACCAUCGAGGAGACCGCCAAGGAUGUUGCCGCCGAGGCCGCCAAGGUCGCUGCCGAUGAGGCCACCAAGGACGCGCAUGAAGAGGCCACCAAGGGGUCUGCCGGGGAGGCCGGGAAGGAGACCGGUGACCGUACUGACGGUAUCCUUGCCGCAGGAGCGCCUGGCGCUACAUCGGUCCCGGAGUCCUUGGCUUCCGGGGAGACGGUGGUCAAACACCAACCGUCAACUUCCGAAGCCCCCACCUCAGGCAAAUAUCUGAAGAUCGGCGACGAUCUGUUUGUCAGUAUCCUAGGGAUAGCCAGCACCAAAGCGCCAGCCGAGGGGGAAGUUUUUGACGAAGGAGUCAUUGCCGCUGCUGGGCUCACAGUUGUCGAUGAGCCGGGCACCAGCAGCAGCAGUUCCAAGGAGGACCAGCUCCUUCAAGCCAUGAGCGGCAACUGCCAGAAGUUCCAGGCGCUUCACCGUGCCCGCAAGGAGAAGCUGAACUCUAGGAUGGCGGAGCUGAAGACCAGCCAGGAGGAGCUGAGCGAGUGCUGGAACAAGCUCCUCCUGAAGCAGUCUGACAUUGAGAACGCCCAAGAGGAGGCCGCUGCACAGGCUGCCAAGGACGACGCCCAACUAAGGGAGGGCUGUGUCCUGCUCGAGACCCAAGAAGAAGACCUUGCCACUCGUGAAGAGCUGAAGGAGGCCGUUGACACCGCCGAAGCCGCAGAGGCCGCCAAGAACGAGCUGGCUGGCAAGGUGGAGAAACUGGAGGUGGAGCUGGAGAAGCACAGCAAGGAGGUCUCGACGCUGAAGAGCGACAGAGACAAAACCACCUACACCGUGGCGGAGUUGCAGGUCACCAUAUCUGAGAAGACCAAGCAGAUCUCUACCGCCAAUGACUCCGUGGCUGAUCUGAAGCUGAAGCUGACCACACCGGAGGAGACCCUUGAGGAAUAG